AUGGAGAGCACGGAUGAGCAGCUGCAGCUGCAGCUGGAUCUGGACGGGAUUUCGCUGGAAAGUGGCCAGGUCAGCAACUUCGAUGACCUCAUGGAACUGACCAACCACUCGGAGCUGCUGAUGGCCAGAGUCAACUCGAGCCUGGACGCCCUGAACUCCGCCCUCGACCACCUGGAGAGUCGGACGGAGCGGGUUCUUGUCGAGAUUCGCAGGCUGAUCAGCUCGGGAAUGCCGUCGCAGGGUCCACACGAUGGAUGCGGAGAUCCCGAUGCCAGGGCGUAG